CCCGCUCCGUACGUCGCGGCCGCUGGCGGCGAGAGCCCGGCGGGGAGCGGCCUGCGGGCCCGGCGGCGCCGCACCGGUUCCGAAGAUUCCUAGGAUGAGGCUGCUGUGAGGGACUUGCGGAACCCCUGCGUACUCUGCAGUGCCUACAGAUCCCCUGUGACUCCCUUUCCGGGUGGAAUACCAUAGCCGAAGUCGCCAGGCAGAAUGACAGUUGGAUAUGUACUGCUGCCCCCUUUCCGGGGGAGGACUUUGCUCUCCGUGCUGUUGCUGGCGGCCUCUGUUUACUGCCACUGGCCCAGCGAGCCGUCGGAAGUGGUACGGGACUGGGAAAACCAGCUGGAGGCCUCCAUGCACUCUGUGCUGUCGGACCUCCGAGAGACUGUCCCGGCUGUGGUGGGCAUACCAGACAGCUCUGCCGUUGUGGGCCGUUUCUUCCGAGUCUCCAUCCCAAUGGAUUUAAUUGCUUCCAGUGGAGAAAUAGUCCAGAUAUCUGAAGCUGGGAAGGAUUCUUUGCCUUCAUGGUUACACUGGAACGCGGAGAGCAGCUCUCUGGAAGGCCUGCCCCUUGACACGGACAAGGGCGUCCACUACAUCUCGGUGACCACGCUGCAGCUCUUCCCGAAUGGGAGUCAUGUGCCACAGACAGCAAAUGUGUUCUCCAUUGAGGUCCACCAAGAAGACCACAACGAGCCUCAGUCCGUGCGCAUGGCUGUCCAAGAUAUGGGUGAUGCAGCACCGUUUGUGUGUAGUGCGGAAGAGCCAGUCACUAUCCUGACUGUCAUUUUGGAUGCUGACUUAACAAAAAUGACACCAAAGCAGAGAAUUGAACUUUUAAACAGAAUGAGAAGCUUCUCAGAGGUGGAACUUCAUAACAUGAAGUUGGUUCCUGUUGUAAAUAACAGACUCUUUGACAUGUCUGCCUUCAUGGCAGGACCAGGAAAUGCAAAGAAGGUGGUAGAAAAUGGGGCCUUACUCUCAUGGAAACUGGGAUGUUCUCUGAGCCAAAACAGUGUUCCCAACAUCAGCAAUGUCGAGGCACCAGCUAAAGAAGGGACCAUGUCUGCCCACCUUGGCUACCCUGUUGUUGGCUGGCACAUUGCUAACAAGAAACCUCACCUUCCAAAGAGGAUGCGGCGGCAGAUCAACGCGACCCCUACACCUUUGACUGCGAUCGGACCACCCACCACCGCUGCCCAAGAACCACCAACAAGGAUCGUCCCUACUCCGACAUCACCUGCCAUUGCACCUCCCACAGAAACGACAGCUCCUCCGGUCAGGGAGCCCAUACCACUGCCCAGGAAGCCUACUGUCACCAUCAGAACAAGGGGCCCGAUAGUCCAGACGCCCACUCUGGGACCGAUCCAGCCCACCAAAGUGGUAGAAGCCACCGGCACAGCCUCUGUGCCUAUUCGCCCCACCAUGCCCGGUUUCGUAGAGCCCACUGCUGUGAUUACACCUCCUACAACCACCACCAAGAAACCAAGAGUCUCCACUCUGAAACCAGCCACCCCAUCCACAACGGAUUCUUCUACGGCGACAACACGAAGACCUACUCGAAGACCUAAAACCCCACGGCCUACAAAGCCUCCUAGCACAACGAGAUCCCCGAUCACUAAGUUGACAACCGCCUCCCCGCCGACCCGUGUACGCACCACAGCUAGUGGGAUUCCUCGGCCAUGGGAGCCAAAUGAGCCACCCAAGCUGACGAACCAUAUUGACAGGGUUGAUGCGUGGGAGGGCACUUACUUUGAGGUUAAAAUACCAUCUGAUACCUUCUAUGACAAGGAGGAUACCACCACUGACAAACUGCAGCUGACGCUAAAGCUGAAAGAACAGCAAAUGAUAGAGGAGAAUUCGUGGGUCCAGUUCAACAGCACCAGUCAGCUCAUGUACGGCAUGCCAGACCAUAACCACAUAGGGAAACACGAGUAUUUCAUGUACGCAACUGACAAAGGUGGACUUUUUGCUGUGGAUGCUUUUGAAAUCCAUGUGCACAAACGGCCGCAUGGGGACAAGUCUCCGGUGAAGUUCAAAGCUAGGCUGGAAGGAGACCACAACACGGUGGUGAAUGACAUCAAUAAGAAGAUUAUGCUGGUGAAGAAGCUGGCUCUGGCAUUUGGUGACAGAAACAGCAGCACCAUCACCGUGCAGGACAUCGCUAGAGGCUCCAUCAUAGUGGAAUGGACAAACAACACCCUGCCCCUUGACCCCUGUCCCCGGGAGCAAAUCCGGACUUUGAGCAAAAGAAUUGCAGAUGACACUGGUAGCCCGAGCCCAGUUUUCACAAACGUCUUACAGCCCGAGUUCAAGCCUUUGAAUGUGUCGGUUGUUGGCUCUGGCAGCUGCAGGCACAUCCAGUUUAUCCCCGUGACGAAGGACGGGAGGGUGAUCUCAGAGGUGGCGCCGACAGUGGCAGCUGGCAAAGACCCUGAGAAGAGCAGUGAGGACGAUGUGUACCUGCACACCGUCAUCCCCGCCGUGGUGGUGGCGGCCAUCCUCCUUGUGGCUGGCAUCAUUGCCAUGAUCUGCUACCGCAAGAAGAGGAAAGGGAAGCUCACCAUCGAAGACCAGGCCACCUUCAUAAAGAAAGGUGUGCCCAUCAUCUUUGCUGAUGAGCUGGAUGACUCCAAGCCUCCACCAUCUUCCAGCAUGCCCCUCAUCCUCCAGGAGGAGAAAGCCCCGCUGCCCCCUCCCGAAUACCCCAACCAGAGCAUGCCGGAGACCACGCCGCUCAACCAGGACACCAUCGGGGAGUACACGCCACUGCGCGACGAGGACCCCAAUGCGCCGCCCUACCAGCCACCCCCACCCUUCACUGCACCCAUGGAGGGGAAAGGCUCCCGCCCGAAGAACAUGACCCCUUACAGCGCAGUGCCAUCUCUUCGCUUUGACUCCUCUUUGAGUGUCAUACGGGAACAGCCCCUUGCCUGCCCCUGGCUCUCCCAACCACCCUGGGCUGCGGACUUCCUCCAGGUCUGCUCUGCGCACAGAUGUGGGCGAAGCCGUCUGGCUGUUGGAAAAAGAGAAAGGAAAAAAAAAGAAAAAAAAAAAAGCGCCAGAAAUAGUUAAUAGUCAAAAAAAAAAAAAAAAUCAGUGAACUCUCAAAUCUAAUUUUUUACUAAAUUUUUGAUACAGCCUCAAACUGUUUUAUUAAAAAAAAAAGAAUUAAAAAAUGGUAACGCUGACAGCAGUUUGUAUGAGCUUAGCUUCUUAGCAUCAACUCAGAGGGACUGACUGCUUUGCUCACAUUGAGUUUGUCUCUCAUUGUUGUCGAUAAAUAUUAGAGCCGUGGUUCGGUCUCUCGCCUUCUUAAAAGCACCUAUCUUCCGCGAGGUGCCGGCAGCCCCGAUGGCUGCCUCUUGCUUUAUUUCAUUUCUUUUUCCUUUUUUUUUUUUCUUUUUUUAAUAAUUUCUCCUUCGGACUAAAUCGUUUUAAGCAUGCAUUUCUCUCUGACCGUUUGAGAACUAUUUUGGGUACCUUUUUCUUGAGAGGGAGGGAAAAACCCUUUGCAAUAAGGCGGCGGCGCCGGCGCUGGGGCUGCGCACGCCCCGGCGCUCGCUUUCCGCACCAAGCAGACGCUUCAAGCCAUAUUGACCGUUCCGUAAAGCGCGUUUGCGCGCCGGUGCUGCCGGGCGCGCGCCGGGUGACGGACGGACGGACGGACCUUCGCCUCCUCCUCGCUGGGGUGGUUUCUCGCCGCCGGCGCGAGCUGGCGGGUGGGGAGCGGGGGCGGCCGCGGGCCUCGGCGGCCCCCGUUGCGGUGCGGCCGCGCCGGAG